AUGUGUUUUAGCGAAUUGGAAACGACUGUUAAUGCCAUACUUUUCGAUUUGUAUUCGAAUUUAAAGGAAAAAAAAGUAAAACCAAAAAUUAGUAAUGAAGAGACAACAAACAAAUCGAAUCCAUUCAGUGAAGAAGAUUCAGAUGUUGAAGCCAUAGCAAAAUUAUACGAGGAAAAAUAUGGGACAUGUAAUGAUUAUGCUGAACUUGGAGAAGGCUACGAUGAGGAAGAUUCAUUUAUAGAUAAUUCAGAUGCGGUGAAUGAUUUAGUUCCGAGUGGAAUACAGACUGAAUUUGGUGGUUUUUACAUAAAUAGAGGAAAAUUAAAUUUUGUUAGAGAAGACAAUUCAUCUAGUUCGACUAGCGAAGAUGUUGAUAAAUUUUUAACUCAUAAUAGACUGAGUAGCUUUAUUAAAAAUAGGAAAAGAUCAGGUGAAUAUCAGCACAGAAGUAAAAAAAUUAGAAAGACUGCAACUCCCAAGAUACCUGAUCAUUUAUUACAUAAAAAACCUUUUUCCGGUUCUCUCGAAUAUCGUAAAAAUAUAAAUGAAUUUAAAAAGAAUAAAUUGAAAACUGUGGAACACGAUAAGAAUAAUAUUGCUAGCACUGUUAAUAUUAAUUAUAAUAAUAAUAAUAAUGUGAGCGAAGAUGAUGCUGAGAAAGAGAGUACGAAUAAUAAGAAAAAAAUAACGGUGGUAGCGGCAGCAGCAGCAGCAGCGGCGGCAGCGACGGCGGCUAAGGAUUUUUCAAAAGAAAGAGAUGGAGCUACAGAAGUCAUUGAGGCUGUUGCAACAGGAGCAGACGUGGUGGAAAAACGUCUUUAUUCGUCAAGUAGUGAUCCCUCCGAAUCUUCAAGUUCGGAAUCCGAUUCAGAUUCUAGUGAAGACACGUCGAAUGAAAAAGACAACAAAACCGUACCUAAAAUUAGUGAAGAAGGAUCGGGGUAUAAACCACCACCACCACCACCACCACCAACCGUGAAUGGAACAAUUGUUAAAGAUAUCACUGCCAAAUCAUUUGCUCAAUUUAGCGAAAACUUAAAAGAGCUCAUCGCUAAAAUAUUAGAGAUCUCGAAAGAAGAAAAAACUAAAUAUUUCAAUUCCAAAUUAAACACUCUUUUGUUAAGUCUAGAUGAACGUCUUCGGGAAUUACCAAUGGCCGAGAGAAGCGCACUUCUCGAACACGUUGCCGACAUUUUGCAAAUGAAAAAGGAUAAUAUAACUAAAAGAACUAAAAAAUUACUCGUUUUACAAGAGGAAACUAAAAUGUCUGCUCACUUGAGAAAGAGCAUCGAUCCUAGUUGUUUACCACAAAGGAAAUUUCCAUGGAACGAUGAACUUCGACAUCACCUUCGAGAAGUAGUUCAAUAUAGGAAAAAUUGUUAUUAUAUUAUUCGUCCUAGAAAAGAAUCAUUAAUCGAUUACAUUAGAAAUUUUAUGGAAACCAAGGUGAAAACGUUUUGGCCCAAAGAAUGGAUGACGGUUGAUAUACUAUUGGAAGAGGCUCAAGUCAACGAACAAAAACAAAAAAGUAUAAGUAAAAUGUUGGGAGUUGGAAAUCAAUCGAAUUCGUUGAAAAAGAUAUCCUCUCAGGUUUCUUCGUCCGGAGUGAGCCAUCGUAAGUCAAGUUCGACGACGGGUUCCCCAUCAUCUUCUUUAUCCAUACAUCCUACAAGUGGGGUAGGUAGAAAAUCAACUUCGCAAACACCGAGUAAAAGUCCCGAAGUCAAAUCCGUAUUGUUGCCGAGGAAAACACCGAGUAGUACUGGUAGCUCUGGUAGUAGUAGCGGAAGCAGCACCAGCACCAGCACCACCACCUCUAAAUCAAACAUAACAACCGUGUCUUCCCUUCAAAACAACGUUCAAAACAGCCGGUUACAAGUCAGUCUCAAUCGACUCAACGUACAAGAAUAUUUAGAUCGAAUUUCUGGAUCUCAAACGUCCAUAAGUCGGAAUCCCGGUCAUCAAACGAAUUCCGGUGGUGGUAGGGGAGUCCAGCAAUCCGUGUCGCCUAAUCGUUUAGUUAAAACUUCGUCUCCGAGUGCGGUUUUGAACACGAACGUGAUUCGCACGAACGCAUCGAAAAACACUUCACCGAAUAAUUUAAGUAAAUCCGUAUCGUCCAAUCGGAAUUACGGGAGUUCUCAAAGUGUACUAAAAACGAUAGAAAUCCAUUCGAAUCCCUCGUCGGGGAGUAAACAAAUUUCGCCAAAUACAGUAACUAUAUCUCCAGUGAACGAAUCCGUUUUCAAAGACAUGACUCCGAGUGCGGAAGUAUUAAAUUUAACGAAAAAUUCAUCGGUUUACAUUUCGAAAGUGAAAGAUUGCGGGGAAACGAAAUCCGGACGAAGCAGUUCUCCUUCGAUCGGAAUCCCUCUUCCCAGCGGGAUAACAAUCAGUCCGACGACUAAUGCCUCGCCUUCAACGUUUCUAACGAAACCACAAAAAUCCGUCGAAAAAAAUCCCGACGUUAAAAUAAACGUGUCGAUAACGAAACAAGAAUCAGCAGCUCUUAGUUUAACGAAAGAGAAAAGAGAAAGAGAAUCCGUUUUGAACAUAAACGUCAAACGCGAGGGUCCUCUUCAAAACAUUCCCGAUUGCAUAAGCGUCACAUCAAAAGUCAUGUCGAACGAAAGGCACAAGUUCGAACACGUUAGGAAAAGAGCUCUUCAAGAAUAUCAUCAGCAGCAGCAACAGCAGCAGCAAAAGUCACCGGAAAGACUGAAACCGGAAGAGAAAAAGAUAAAAACGGAGGACACAUCCCUGUUGACGGACCUCGAAAUAAAAGAGGAAAAAUUGGACGAUAAAAAUUUUUCGAAAAUAUUCGAUUCGGUCAUUGCGAAAACGUCGGAAACGGUUCGUCAAAGUGAAAGUACCAGUGGGGGGUCUCACCACGCGAAUGCUCUCGUCGAUAGGUUCGGUUCGGACGUGGGAAGUAUGGGAGUGCUCCCGGUGAAAAAUUCCGUUUUGGGACACGGUCAGUAUAAAAACAAUUCGGGAAAGUUGAGAGACAUGCGAACAGCCAAAGAUAAAAUGUUUUAUACGAAAAACGAGGGUAACGAUUCCGUGACAACCCUCGGGGAUGAGAGGAAAACGGAAGAGUCGGAGGAAAGGAUCGAAAAUAUUAAGGAACAAAGGGUUCAAAUGGAAAUGGAUAGAGUCAUGCAAAAUUUAGUUGAACUUUCGAGGGAAAAAAAUUCCGAAUACGAAUUCGAGUCUCAAAUGAGCAUGACGACCAAUAAUUAUUAUACAAAUAAUACGUCGGGUAUAAAAGCUCCAAGCUUUCAAGAAGCCUUUCAAAAAAUGUAUAAAUAA